CGCGGCCUGGCCUGCUGAAGUCCAUUGCCGAGGCAACGACGCGGUGUGGGCCCUUCGGCCCUGCCAGCCAGGAUGAACAUCCGCAAUGCCCGACCCGAGGACCUGAUGAACAUGCAGCACUGCAACCUGCUCUGCCUGCCCGAGAACUACCAGAUGAAGUACUACUUCUACCAUGGCCUGUCGUGGCCCCAGCUCUCCUACAUCGCCGAGGACGAGGACGGCAAGAUAGUGGGCUACGUCCUGGCCAAGAUGGAGGAGGACCCCGAUGAUGUCCCCCACGGACACAUCACCUCGCUGGCCGUGAAGCGCUCGCACCGGCGCCUCGGCCUGGCCCAGAAGCUGAUGGACCAGGCCUCACGGGCGAUGAUCGAGAACUUCAGCGCCAAGUACGUGUCCCUGCACGUCAGGAAGAGCAACAGGGCGGCCCUGCACCUGUAUUCUAACACCCUCAACUUCCAGGUUAGUGAGGUGGAACCCAAGUACUAUGCCGAUGGGGAAGAUGCUUACGCCAUGAAGCGGGAUCUCGCUCAGAUGGCUGAUGAGCUGAGGAGGCAGCUGGUGCUGAAGAAGAGCAGAUACGUGGUUCUGGGCUCUGAGGAGAACCAGGAAGCCCAGGACAGCACACUUCCGGAUGCCGAGGAGGCCUGUCAGCCCGAGAACCCAGCAGGCAAAGGCAGUGAGGCCUGUCAGCCCGAGAACCCAGCAGGCAAAGGCAGUGAGGCCUGUCAGCCCGAGAACCCCGCAGGCAAAGACACUGGCAGCCACAGCACUGAUGUCCAGGACAGCUCAGAGUACUUGGAUUCCACCUCCUAGAGCAUUGCCUGAGCAUCUCUGGUCCUCAUGUCUCAGCCACAUCUACUGUGAAACUUGGCUUAACUGCUGUGCUCUGCAGUAUCCUCCCUGCUGCUCUGGGGUUAUCUCCCAGUGACCCGAGUGGCUCUUCGUUUUCAACUCUCCAGAACCUUCCACAUAGAGCUACUGUGAUCGUGAAGGAACACCUCAGCGCAAGAGCCAAGGAAGCUUGAGGCCUGCCGUGACAGAACAUCUGGUGUCCGCUCACCAUGCUGCCACUGUACUGUUUGUGGUGGUCCUAUGCCGGCUUGUAGAUACAUUGCACAGUUGUCUCUUAGAAAUGACAGAUAGGAAGCAGGGACAAUUCUGAAGGUGUCAGCUAUGGGUUUUGCCAUUAUUUAUCUGGGUUUCCAUCACUAAGGGAGUAGAUGGGACCUUCAAGUUAGACCUGUGCCCCUUUCCUCUUCAAGUGCAAUUUAUCUGUUUCCUCUUGCUUCUAUGAAACUCCAUGUGUCCUAUCCUCCACAUCCAAGGAGUAUUUCCCCCUUUCCAGUGGGAAAACGGGACAAAGAAGGGCUCCACCACCCCUUACAAGCAGAGUGUGGAAACUUUAACAAGAGCGAGCAGUAAUUAAAUUGGACACUCAUCUGCUUGUGCAUGUCAGUUGCUUUUGCCUUUUGUUUGCUUUCUUCUGCAAUGAUGUCACUUGCCAUUUAUUGAGGCAUGCAGUGCUGUGGCACUUACUAACAUGGGUAACCUGUGAGGUGGGCAUUAUUAUCUCUGUUUUACACAUAAGAGAUCGAUCGGAAGCCGAGCGGGGGAUGACGACUCAGGAUUUCAACCCAGCUCAACCUGCGGGAAAUCAAAGCCAAAGUUUCCUCUUUGCUCCUGUUUGAGCUCAAAAUUUAUUUGCAAAGCAAUGUUAAAGUGUCAAAUGACAGAAAGGAGACUCACUUAAUAUAUGACAACCGACCACAUGCCAAUUGUAAAUAUAUAUGUAACCUUCAUUGUGAUCCCUGUUGAGUGUCUCAGUAAAAGUGAAGGCAAAGGGCCUUGACUUUCCUGGAAACGUCCCAGAUAGAUGGACUUGGAACAGAGUGAUCUUCUCAUAUUCUCUCAACAUUAAUUACCAAAGUAUCCAACAUGUUCAUGUUCACAUUUAUGAAAACUGGAGUAUAUGGAUUUACAUCUAAGCCCUGACAGUAAGCAGCUGAUGACAAGAGAUGAGUCUGUUCUGUAAUCCAUCAUCAGCCCUGCUAAGUACUUCUUACAAAUCGGCCCCAGUGUAGAGAAUGCCUGUCUCAGGGUAAAGGCUUGCCUGAGGCAGACAUAGAACUUUCUUUUUUCUCCAGGGAAGGAUUUGCCAUUUUGUGUGUCAACCUGGUCCUCAGUCUUUCCAUUUUCCUUUUCUCUUUCUUUUUAAUUUUCUCGCUUACUCCUGAAAUGGUUUUAUUCUUUCCCUUCAAGCAUAUGAUUAUUUCUUUAUUUUUAAAUAUUACAGCUUUCUAACAUCUGUCUCCAGGGCAGCAUAAUCUUACUGAUAAAAUAUUCCGUGUUUUCCUUGAGCCCUUGUCAAUAUGUCUUCCUGGUAACAGCUCAGCAGAUGGAGAAACAGAAGGAGUAGCCUCAGCUUACCUGAGUGAUUUCUCUAGCCCAGCACCAGCCACAUUGAGUCUCUAGUAACCUGAUGUUAAUCAUUGCAGCAAUCGGGAAAUAAGAAAGGUUUCCAGACAUUUGCUGUGCCCCUACAUAAGAAUGCCAGUGCUUUUCUUUGUUACCAGGAGACAUCAGAAAUCCAGCAGUGCAGCAGCCUACCUAGUUUGGGUUAUGACUGUUUAGAUAAUAAAAGUAAACAGUGUUCUAACAUUGUUUAGGGCAUAAAUUAGAAAGUUCCCAGGUGAUCCCAGGGGUGCGCUGGCUACCGAUGGAACAGAAGCAGUCAGUGGUCUUUCCAUUCCUGGGGAUGGGAGCCUCUGACACUGCUUUCAUAACUACACUGUUCUUUUCACACAGCAAAUUAUUCUUUUCUCUGAACAAACUGCUUACUUUUUACUUAAGCCUGGUCCUACAGAGACCAAAGCAAGGAUGUAGAAUAGCUCAUGGUAUGAGUGGAGUGUGGGGUAGAAUGACUCACACCCCUUCUGAAUGCAUGACAUUACAGAAACUGGAGUGAACCCUGUUUUGUCAUCAAAUUGUUCAAAGCUCUUAGUCACCAGGACAUAAAGUCUUGUGUAGUUGUGUCACCAGCUGGUGAAUGAAGCCCGUGGAUUACAUAGCUAAAGUCUAUUCUUCCCUUGACAUAAGAGCAAUAAGAAGGAGAUGAUAUGAAAUAAAAUAAUGGAAUAUGGGGGUGAAGGAGACACGCAGAGUAGUGCUGGAAAUUGAGCCAAAGCUGGUAGCUUUAAAAGGAUCAAGAAAUAAAGGAUUUUUUCACAUUA